ACGUCGUGCUGCGGUUAAGGCGUGGCGUCCGCUCCGGGCGCCUGAAGGAGACUUGGAGAUUCCUGGGUCGCGCCGUUUAAGUAGUUGGGAGUCGCCGCCGCCGCCGCCACUGCCGGCAAUCCAUGAGGAAAAUGCUCGCCGCUGUCUCUCGCGUGUUGUCGGGCGCCGCCCAGAAGCCGGCAAGCAGAGUUCUCGUGGCCUCCCGUAAUUUUGCAAAUGAUGCUACAUUUGAAAUUAAGAAAUGCGAUCUUCACCGGCUAGAAGAGGGCCCCCCUGUCACCACAGUGCUCACCAGGGAGGACGGGCUCAGGUACUAUAGGAUGAUGCAGACUGUUCGCCGGAUGGAGUUAAAGGCAGAUCAGCUGUAUAAACAGAAAAUUAUUCGUGGUUUCUGUCACUUGUGUGAUGGUCAGGAAGCUUGUUGUGUGGGCCUGGAGGCCGGCAUAAAUCCCACAGACCAUCUUAUCACAGCCUAUCGGGCUCAUGGCUUUACCUUUACUCGUGGGCUUUCUGUCCGAGAAAUUCUCGCAGAGCUUACAGGAAGAAGAGGAGGCUGUGCUAAAGGGAAAGGUGGAUCGAUGCAUAUGUAUGCCAAGAACUUCUAUGGGGGCAAUGGCAUCGUUGGAGCUCAGGUGCCCCUGGGAGCGGGGAUUGCUCUGGCCUGUAAGUAUAAUGGAAAGGAUGAGGUCUGUUUGACUUUAUAUGGCGAUGGUGCUGCUAAUCAGGGUCAGAUAUUUGAAGCUUAUAACAUGGCAGCUUUGUGGAAAUUGCCAUGUAUUUUCAUCUGUGAGAAUAACCGCUAUGGAAUGGGAACGUCCGUUGAGAGAGCAGCGGCCAGCACUGAUUACUACAAGAGAGGCGACUUCAUUCCUGGACUGAGGGUCGAUGGAAUGGAUAUCUUGUGUGUCCGGGAGGCAACAAGGUUUGCAGCUGCCCACUGUAGAUCUGGAAAGGGGCCCAUACUGAUGGAGCUACAGACUUACCGUUACCAUGGACACAGCAUGAGUGACCCUGGAGUCAGUUACCGUACACGAGAAGAGAUUCAGGAAGUAAGAAGUAAGAGUGACCCUAUUAUGCUUCUCAAGGAUAGAAUGGUGAACAGCAAUCUGGCCAGUGUUGAAGAAUUAAAGGAAAUUGACGUUGAAGUGAGGAAAGAAAUUGAGGAUGCUGCCCAGUUUGCCACUGCUGAUCCUGAACCGCCUUUGGAAGAACUAGGCUAUCACAUUUACAGCAGCGACCCGCCUUUUGAAGUUCGGGGUGCAAAUCAGUGGAUCAAGUUUAAGUCCAUCAGUUAAUGGGAGACCGGCUCCAACUGUAAGGGACUCUGUGUUCUCAACUUUGUUAGGGAAGAAAACCCCAUAAAAAGAAUGUAGGCCAAGAUAGUAAGUGCAUGUGUUUUGUACAGUGUUGCAUUAAAAGGUGUUACUGCACACUUACGUACUUAGUGUGAAUAUUACAUAAGGUUAUUUUAGAUUUCAAAUUUUUUUCUUAAAAUGGUUCUUUUUAAUAACUGAAAACUAUUUGCUAAAUAGUAUACAACUAAAUCAAAAGCCAUUCCUACCUUUGAGGGGAGUGGGAGCAUUCCCUUGACCCUUGCACCUCAUGAAACAGCACACACUCUGCAGGCACACCCUCAUCAGUGUGGGGGCUGAAGCCUUUUCACAGUGACCAUCGUUUCUCAAUAAAACACAAUAUUUAUUAUCUCCAGGCAGGGGGUAGAAGGACAAUUCCAUUUUAAUUAUUUUUUUAAAGAUUUUAUUUUUAAGUGAUGUCUACACCCAACAUGGGGCUCAAACUCAUGAUCUCGAGAUCAAGAGUCACACACUCCACUGACUGAGCCAGCGGGCUGCCCCAACAAUACCAUUUUUAAAUAAUCAUUUCGAAGGCCAAAUAACUUAGUUUUCUUCAUUUAUACAUUAAAUACAAAGCUGUUUUCUCAGGAGUUUUCUAUUUACAUUCAUAUCAAACAUCAAAUACCAGGCAUAUUCUUAUCAAUUUUAAGUACAAUGCCAUUUUAUAGUAACCUGUGGUCUAAAACAGUGAUGCCCAGCCUGUUAAACACCUGCUUCACCUUUCCAGUAGGUGCUACAGGGUCUGCUGAGUCUUCCACCGAAGCAACAUUGAAAUUUGUUUUAAAGAAUUCCAUAGUAUUCUGGGAUGUCAAAAUUUGAGCACUGUUCUCACAAUACAUAAAGUUCUACUCACCUUUAAAACAUGUUGAUAAGUAACAAGUUCUAAAAAAAAAAAAAAACCCAUCCCAUUUGAGUAAUUCUUUAAAACUUCAAGUUCUUAAAUAAUGGGGUUUUCCUUAUACAAACUCGGUGGCAUUCAUGUGUAUGUUAACAGAAGUUUUAACAACAAAGAUGUCAGCUCUUGGCUCUCUCUGUCCCCGGCCUAGCCGACUGGUUCAGCCUCAUGUUGCGAGGCCGGGGACCCCUGCGACCUUCUUCUGUACUGGGAGACUGCAGUCCAGAGCCUGCAGAGGAGGCCACCACUAGGAAGCAAUCAACCAAGAGUCUUCUUGAGAAUCGUAAGAAAAGAGAAGUUCAAAGCCACACCACCAAAUACUUCUUUAGGAGCCCUUAUGUCAAAAGCUACAGUAUAUAAUUCUAGACUUGUCUAGAUUGCCAAAAUGCAGUUCCUAACUUAGAUAGAGCUCUGUCAGCUCGUAUUUGGGCUUGAGUAGGAGUGGCACGUGGCCUCAGAGGCAUGUGCAGGGCAGGCUGAGGGAAGUAGUGGUGGAGAGAGCCCGGAAGCUAUGGGGUUUCACGUCCCUCUGGUACCCAACUCAAGUUGGGUACCCAAAGAAAACUCAGAGAGGGGAAGUUGGAUAGUUGGUUUUCCGACUAAGCCACAGAUAGGAAAGGAAAUUAAUUUCAACGAAGGGGGAAAGUGACCACCACUUUGUUUUCUUCUGAUUUAAAAGCACAAUCACAGGAAAAAAAGUCAUUUUCUAUUGCAGUGUUUUGAAGCCAUUCUUACCGUAGUCUGAGGUGUCUUAGAUCGUCCUUAGUGAUGUCAUUAAGAAUGUCAGAUAGCGUAUAGCCCUCUUCAACAAUCUGAAACAAAUAUCAAAUACAGAAGAGUUAAGCUGCUUUGUAAUAAUGGCAUAGGAAUGUUCUUUUAUUUAUAAAUUUACCUUUUCUAUUGUACUCGCAUCUGCUCCUUGCAGUUGUAACCAGUCUAUGAGCUCUUGAUCAGUUUUCUGCCCCUGAGACCCAGGAGGGGAUGCUGGGUUCUCUGUAGUAUCUGCAAUGAUGAGAAAUUUGUUUUGUUGUAUAUUAUUGUUUAACAGUAAAACUCUUCAAAAGUAAUAAGUUGGAUGAAAUAAACUAUUACACACAACAUAA